AUGUACUCAAUCAGAAGCCUGACCACGAUGGCUCACCGAGAGCAACGAGAGGAAGACGGGGUGGAAGAUAUGACACAGUUAGAGGAGAUGCAUGAAGGGGCUGUCCUGCUGAACCUGCGGAAAAGAUUUGAGAGGGAGAUUAUUUAUUCAUACAUAGGCAGCAUUUUGGUGUCUGUGAACCCCUACAAGAUGUACAACAUCUAUGGGACAGACGUGGUGCUGCUGUACAAGGGUCAUGCUCUGGGAGAGAACCCUCCGCACUUGUUUGCCAUAGCAAACGCUGCUUAUUCCAAAUUGAUGGAUGCCAAACACAACCAGGUCAUAAUAAUCAGUGGGGAGAGCGGAUCUGGGAAAACAGAGGCCACCAAACUGGUCCUUCGCUACCUAGCAGCAAUAGAUCACAAAUGCAAUCUUGCGCAACAGAUACUUGAGGCAGCUCCUCUGCUGGAAUCUUUUGGAAAUGCCAAAACUGUACGGAACGAUAAUUCCAGUCGCUUCGGGAAAUACAUAGAGGUCUUUCUGGAGGAUGGUGUGAUCAGUGGUGCCAUAACCUCUCAGUAUCUACUGGAAAAGUCCCGUAUUGUCUUCCAGGCCAAAGAUGAAAGGAACUAUCAUAUCUUCUAUGAGAUGCUGGCAGGUCUCCCCUCGCAGCAGAGGCAGGCUUUCUAUCUCCAAGAGGCUGAGACCUACUAUUACCUCAACCAGGGAGGGGACUGUGGGAUAACAGGAAAGAAUGACGCUGAGGACUUCCUGCGUCUGCUCGCUGCCAUGGAGAUCCUUCACUUCACCCCUGACGACCAGUCGGCCAUCUUUAGAGUUCUUUCUUCCAUACUGCACCUGGGCAACGUCUACUUUCAGAGAUAUGAGGCGGAUGGCCAGGAGGUGGCGUCAGUGGUGAGCGCCCAGGAGAUCAGAGUGGUGGCAGAGCUGCUGCAGAUCUCUCCAGAGGGACUUCAGAAAGCCAUCACCUACAAAGUCACAGAGACAAUGAGGGACAAGAUCUACACCCCACUGACUGUUGAAAGUGCUGUCGAUGCCAGAGAUGCUGUUGCCAAGAUCCUGUACUCGCUGCUCUUCCAUUGGUUAACAGAGAGGAUCAACGCUCAGGUGUAUCCCCGCCAACACACGCUCUCCAUCUCCAUCCUGGACAUUUACGGAUUUGAGGAUCUGGCCUUCAACAGCUUUGAGCAGCUUUGCAUUAAUUAUGCAAACGAGUACCUGCAGUUCUUCUUCAACAGGAUCGUGUUCAGGGAAGAACAGGAGGAAUACAGCCGGGAACAGAUCCCCUGGCAGGACAUCCCAUUCAGUGACAACCAGCCCUGCAUUGACCUCAUUGCCGCUAAGCCUCAUGGGAUACUGAGGAUCCUGGACGACCAGUGUGGUUUCCCACAGGCGACAGACCACACGUUCCUCCAAAAGUGUCACUAUCACCAUGGCAACAACCCACUGUAUAUGAAGCCAAAGAUGCCACACCCAGAGUUCACCAUCAAGCACUUUGCUGGCAGGGUCACCUACCAGGUUUACAAGUUCCUCGAUAAGAACUACGACCAGGUCCGUCAGGAUGUCCUGGAUCUGUUCAUUCAGAGCAAGAACAAGAUGGUGUCAAACCUCUUCCUGGUUCACGCAGAGGUCACAGGUCAGCAGAGAGGAGGUCACAUGAGGAACAGCAGCACAGUCACCAGGAAGUACCAAGCUCCAACCGUCAGCAGCAAGUUCCAACAGUCCCUGCUGGAGCUGGUGGAGAAGAUGGAGAGGUGCAACCCGUUUUUUGUUCGCUGCAUUAAGCCAAAUAAUAUGAAGCAACCAGGUGUGUUUGAGGACGAGCUGGUCAGCAAUCAGCUGAGACACUCAGGUGUUCUAGAGACCAUCAGGAUCCGUAGGGAGGGAUAUCCUGUCAGAAUGCCAUUCUACAUCUUCCUGUUCAGGUAUAAGUCUCUGGUGGGGAUACAUGAGCCUCCAGCUGCGAGUGGAGAGAACUGUGUGAUCAUGCUCAGUAAGCUGUGUCUUCUCAGACCAGGAUCCUACCACAUUGGGGUCACAAAGCUGUUUCUGAAGGAAGACAUCUACCAGCUGUUGGAGUGUAAACGGGAGCGCGCCCGUCAGCUCGCCGCCCUCACCCUGCAGCGUUACACCCGCAUGUUCUUCGUCAGGAAACGCUUCGUGGCCUUCCGCAAGAAGAUCAUCGCGCUGCAGGCACAGUGCCGAGGCUUCCUCAUGAGGAGGCGCUAUGUGAAAAUGAGGGAGAGUCUAGUUCGGUUUCGUUCUCUCAUCCACAUGUAUGUCAACCGCAAGCAAUACAUCAAGAGGAAGUUUGAAGCUCGGAGGAAAGUUGAAGAGGAGAGGAGGAGAAGAGAGAUGGAGCUGACCAAGAGGGAGGUGGUGAACGUCACACACUUGGUGAUCCCUGCAGAGCUGGGCGCGUUACUGCAGACAGCAGGAGGUCUGAGGGAGCUGCACUCAGACUGUCUGGCUCUGCUUCAAGCUCCUCAUAUUCAAGAAGAGGCUCAACUCACGCUGCCUCUGGACAUCAACAACUACCCGUUCUACCGCUACGUGCAGAUCUACUUCAGGGAGCCAAAGUUUGGGAUGUUGACGGCCCCUCUGGAGUCACCGCUGACCCGUGUGGAGGAGGACCUGAGAGGAGAAGCUCUGGAGCUCUUCAUCAUGGUAUUGCGAUUCAUGGGCGACCCUCACCUGAACGGGGCGCAGGAAAACAUGUUUGGGAAUUACAUCAUCCAAAGGGGCCUGUCGUCGCCAGGGUUACAGAACGAGAUCCUGGCUCAGGUCGUCAACCAGGUGUGGAGGAACAUAAACGUUGACAACGCUGAGAGAGGCUGGCUGCUGCUGCUGGCGUGUGUCUGCUGCUUCGCCCCGUCGCCCAAGAUGGACAAAUACCUGCUGAAGUUUGUAUCUGACCACGCCCCUGCUGGUUGCCAGGCGUUGCUGCAACACAGACUCAUCCAGGCCAAUCAGAAGUCACAACUAGGUUCAGGCCCCACCCCCGAGACCGCACGGACCUAUCCGCUGUCACUACUGGAGUGGACGGCCAACAGGAAGAAGGCUAACAUGGUGCUGCACGUGCAUAGUUUUGAUGGAGGAUCGUUCCUGUGUCCGGUCCAUUCCUGGACCAGUGGAGAAGAUUUAGCAGGAGACAUACUGCGCCACAGGGGAGUGUCCGACUGGUGGAGGGGGAGCUCGAUUCUGAUGAAGGAGCACGGCCAGUGGGUGGAGUUAGCGGGUCACGACUAUGUCAUGGACCUGAUUGCAGACCUGGAACUUCCACCAGACUUCCCAAAGCAGAAGAGUUACUUCAUCAUCAGCACUGACGACCCUGCCAGAGUCCGAGCUAACGCCAGCCUUGCUCUGUUUGGCAGUGGCUUUGAGUCAGAUGAGGAGCUUCCUUCUGCCUUUCUUCUCCGUAACAGCAGACCAGCAUACAGUUUGCCUGACUCUGACGGUUACUUCAGCCACGUAGAGUCGGAUGCAUUCAGUGACGGUCAGACUCAGAGAGGAAUGGACCGCUACCUGGACAGCCUGUUUGACCCUGUGCUGUCAGACAGCAGCAUGGACAUGGAAAAGACUGGAAGUUUGUCAGCGAGGAUGAAGGGAGGAGGAGGUAUCGGCAUCACGGGAGGAGGAAGAGGAGAGGGGGAGAAUCACACGGCCCCCAGUCGGCCGUAUCCACCAGGAAUACAUCCCGGAGCUGUGCCAGUGCUUCCAGUAGCAGGAGGAAUGAUGCCACCGAUUCCUCCCUACAACCAGCAGACUUCUUCAACUCCUGCAACACGUGUAGCACCUACCCCGUCACCCACUCGUGCCCCCGCUGCUGCCCCUGCUGCUGCUAGAGAUAAUGUAGCAUCCCAUGUCACGGGUGUCCCCGGGGUGCCUGGGGUGCCCUCGAUCCCUACCACGCCUGUGGUUCCAGGCUUGCCUGUGAUGACAGGUGUGCCAGGAUCGGAGCAGGCAGUCCUGACUCAACAGCAACAGGCCAUCAUCAACCAGCAAGCCAUCAUUCUGGCCCAGCAGAUGACCAUGCAGGCCAUUGCGAUCCAGCAGCAGAUGUUGUCCUCCUUUCCCCCCGUAGCCCCGGCGCCCCAGUCACCGCCCUCACAGCAUCACACACACUUGCCACAACGCUCUCACACAACCAGCUCCACCAAAGAGAGUGAAGAGUCGCCGUACAAGCCUGCUGGUGUUCAGCGAAAAAUGAGUCCAACACGUGGCCCCCCUCCUGAGGACGUGGUCCGAUCCACUGUGAGUAACACGGAGCGAAUCGAUCCCAGCCACGACAUCAAAGAUAUCAUCAAACAGCACCAGCCUGCUGACUCAACAACUUCUACAGGAAGCGCCACUCAAAGGAAAGGUGAUGGAAAGAUGUUUGCCAAGAAACCAGACCCGCAUGAUGAAGCUAUGGAGAUUCUUAAAGAUCAAAUGGCAAACCCACCACAACCGACUCAAAGGAAGCCUCAGUCCUCCCUGCGUAAAGAGGACGUAGGACUUAAGGUUUCAAAGACCACCAAGCCUCGCUCCGCAGGGCAUACCAGCUCCAGCAUAAGCCCCGCCCCUCCUCCAGUCUCUAGAGAUUUGCCAGUGGAGGAGGAGAUCAUUCAGACCCAACUCCACAGCAGAACCAGUGAUGAAUAUUACACGUACUCCAACGUCCCCUGGAAACUCUACAUGAGGAAAGAGGUUUUCUAUCCUAAAGAGACCUUCAACAACCCACUGGUUCUAGACCUGAUCUUCAGACAGGUUGUACAUGACACCUUCUCUGAGGCCUGCAUCCGUAUCACCCAGGAGGAGAGGCAGAAGAUGAAAGCGUUAUUUGCUGAGAACAAGGUGGAUCAGAUGUCAGGAACGCAUGAUGAGAACGUGAAGAAGAAAGUGGUGGCCAUGGCCAGAGACUCAUGGGAGAUUUACUUCUCCCGCCUCUUCCCAGCCUCUGGCAGUGUGGGGACAGGAGUGCAGGUACUGUCUGUGUCUCAUAAGGGCAUCAAGCUGCUGAAGAUGGUGAGGAGUAGUUCUGCUGCUCCGGACUACUUCAGAGUGCUGAGGCCUUACAGCUACUCGGACAUCCUGUUUGUGUCCAUUCCGUCUAAGAACAUGCUGGAGUUCAACCUGACCAACGAGAAGCUGAUCCUGUUCUCAGCCAAGGCCCCGCAGGUCAAACACAUGAUCGACUACUUCCUCACAGAGCUCAAGAAGGACUCAGAGUACGUGGUGGCGGUGAGGAACUACAUCACUGAGGACAGGUCUCUGCUCAGCUUCCACAAAGGAGACAUAAUCAGAGUGCAGCACAUGGACGGGCUGGAGGCCGGCAAACAUUACGGCUGCAUAGUGAGGAAGAAGGUGAUGCUUCUGGAGGAGCUAAAGAGAGACACUCCUGAGUUUGGUUGGCGGUUUGGGGCUGUGUACGGAAAAUCUGGAACGUUUCCCAGCGAGUACGUCCGUCCUGUGGCUGCUCCGGACUUCCUGGUUCUCCCUGCUGAGCGUGUGGAGCCUCGAGACAGACAGGGGCGAGUCGCUGCAUCUGCUGCUGUUGCCGUGGCGAUGGGCUCAGCAGUCGCUGCCCAUGAGCUCGACCUGUCCAUGGAGGUGAAGACUCACGUUACAGUGGUAAAUGAGAUGUAUGGGGACAGUCUGGGCGUCGAACUGGACGACCUGCCUCUGCACGGCAGCCAGUACCACAUGGCUGAGUUUGCCAAGAAGUACUUCAGAGAGGCUCAGAGGAACAGAGGGUCAGACACACACAAUCAGAAAGCCAAGAAGGGGAAGGAGGGCAGGGACCCUGCUGACAUGGUUAAAUUCUCCAAGUCUCCGAUCCAGGAGUCUCUGAUCGACUUCUCAGACAGUGGGAUGAACAGAGUGGCUGCUGACAUCUUCUUAGCCAUCAUGAAGUUCAUGGGAGACUUUCCACUGAAGGGUCAGACUGAACAGGACCUGGUCACCAUGGUACUGAAGUUAAGUGGCGACCAUGGUCUGAUCAAAGAUGAAGCCUACUGCCAGGUGAUGAAGCAAGUCACCACCAACACCAGCUCCAAACCGGACAGCUGUCAGAGAGGAUGGAGGCUGCUGUACAUCCUGACAGCUUUCUAUCGCUGCUCUGAUGUGAUGAAGCCAUUUCUGUUGAAGUUCCUGCAGGACGCCUGUAACAGCCCCGGGAUGCAGUACCAAGGAAUUGCCAAGGCAUGUGAGCAGAACCUGAGGAGGACUUUUCAAUAUGGCGGACGCAUACAGUAUCCCAACAGCAUGGAACUCAAAGCUAUGCUGGCUGGGCGGAGCUCCAAGAGACAGCUGUUCCUGCUGCCAGGUGGGAUCGAAAGGCACUUGAAAAUCAAGACGUGCUCUGUUGCUUUGGACGUCAUCGAGGAGCUUUGCUAUGAGAUGGGACUACACAGGGUGGAGGCACUGGACGAAUAUGCCAUCUUUUUGGUCACACACAAAGGUCAGAAUGUGCGUCCCCUGAACAAGCGUGAGUACAUCCUGGACAUCGCUACAGAGGCGGAGCCAGUGGACGCCAACUACAGUCUGUGGUUCAGGAGAGUCAUAUGGAGCCUGGCUCUCAAACUUGACAACGAACUCUAUGUGACCAUGCACUAUAACCAGGUGUUGCCAGACUACCUGAAGGCCUUGCUGAGUGUUGUCCCUCAGGGUAAGGCGAGUGAUCAGCAUCUGCAGCAGAUCGCCAGACUGGCCGCCCUACAGCACCGUGCCAAGGACACCAUCUACCUGCCCACCAUGCGUGAGGUGCAGGAGUGUGUCCCCCCACAGUUCUACAGCAAACAGGGUUCACAGCAUUGGCUGAAUAUGACAACUCAACACAUGCAGCAGGUUCAGCCCUUAAACCCACACCAGGCUCGCGCACAGUUCCUUGGUCUGGUCAGUGCCUUCCCCAUGUUCGGCUCCUCCUUCUUCUACAUCCAGAGCUGUAGCUCCUCCUCCAUCUACGCACCGUGCAUCCUGGCUGUGAAUCUGAAUGGACUGCACUUUCUGAACAAGGAUACUCAUGAGGCCAUGGUGCGUUUCCCUCUGAAGGAGGUCCAGUCGACUCGCACUCAGAGACCGACUUCAGGCUCCAGUUAUCCAUAUGUGGAGAUCAUGAUAGGAGACCUGCUCAACCAGCGCAUCACUCAGCUGCAGCUGGAGCAGGGCCUGGAGCUGUGCCGAGUCAUCGCCAUGCACAUGGAGAACAUGUUGUCAGUCAGAGAAAAGAGACUCACUUUGCCACCGAGUGAAAUCACCCUGCUAUAACACACAACAACCACCUGCACUCACAGAUAAAUC